CCAGAACACUGUCUUUGACUGUCACUCUCAAAAUUUAUUUUUUCUGUCAUUUUUGGUUACAAUGCGUUCCAGUACAAAAUAGUGCAAUACACAAUACAUAUGUCUGCUAACUUUAGCCGGUAGUCCUGAUUUCUGGUUAGUGUUGUUGUCGGAAUGAAUAGUUUAGAUAUUACUGGUGAAACAUUCAAGUAUUUUUGGACACCAUAGAACUUCCUGACAGCAGAACAUGUUCACAUUAUACUGAAAGGCGAAUUGAACAUUUUAUCAAAAUUCAAGACUGUUUUAAUACCAUAUCAGUCAACAUGAAUGAAAAACCAGAGCCUACAAGUCUUGAAAACAAUUUAGAUAUAAAUGCUCAAGUUUCACCAGUUAAAACUGAACAAAAACAAUCCAAUGCUAACUGUAAAACUGUAAUCAAAGGCUCUGCUAGGCAUGAACACUCUUUGUCCAACAAGCAUGAUUCCAAAUCCUCGUCUUCUGGAAAUCUGCCAUGGCCUUCUUUGUGGAAAAAUGGACCUCGUAGAAGUGCAUUUCAACCUUACAAGCCGAGUCGAGAAGCUACUUCGGCCAGCACUGCCGAGCUGUCAGCCCCCGCCACAGCUGACUGCCUCACUCCCAUCCCACGCCCAGGUAGUAGCACUGUACUGACCAACCUCCAGCGUGGUAAUAUGCCCACUCCUGCCACCCCCACUGAUGCCAUGUCCUGGUUCAUGGUGUGCGGACGUGGUGACAUACUGAAGGAGGACCUUGAGGAGAUGUUAGCUCAAGAUAAAGACAUUGAUGAGACAGAUGAUGAAGGCUUGAGUGGAAUGAUGUGGGCAGCAUUCUAUGGACAGAUCCAUACAGUACAGAUAUUCCUGGAGUGUGGUGUGGAGGUGGAUAGACAAGGUAUCUGGGGAGAGACAGCUCUCAUGUUGGCAGCCACUGAGGGUCACCUGGAAAUAGUCAGGAUGCUCAUCCAAGCUGGAGCUAAUGUCAACCAUGAAGAUCAUGCACAUGCAACUCCACUGAUGUGUGCAGUGUACAAUGAUCAUCCCCACACCGUCCACGAAUUGUUGGUGAAUGGUGCUGAUGUGACAGUGCUCAAUGCCGGAAAUGGAACGGCUCACAGCAUUGCAGUGAAAAUGAAGUCUUUCAAAGCUAAAACAGUAUUGGAGAAAUACAUUCUUUCACUGAUAGAAAAGUCAAUAACGUAACCAACAUCUACUGUUGCAAGAUCCGUCUCCUGGGGUUCAUGUCAAACGUUGGAUUUCAUUAGAAUAGAACUUUUUUUAUACAAUAUACAAAAAUUUACUGUAACCACUAAAUAUGGGUUUUAUAAACCCCCUUAGAAGCUAUGGACACUUAUAGUAUUAUUUUUUGUUUAUUUACUCAGAUUUGUAUAUUAAGUUAUACAAUAUAUUACAAAGUUUA